AAGAUGAAUGGCUGCGCGAUUACUACACCAAUGCGACGCAGAUCAGCUGCUUGACGCGAGGACAGAGCAUCGGGAUGACGAUAUCUUCAAUCCGCGGCUGGUUUCAUUUCAGCCGCAUCGGUACUGGUUGUUUUUGGGUUGAUUAUUCGCAACGCUUUCGUGCUGCGGCCAGGGUCAUCGUGGCGACAAGUGGUCAGUCACAUCCAAUGGCCAAUCGAUGCCUACAUGCUCUCGUUGUUGGUACUAGAUAUCAUUCAGGGCCUUGGCGUGAUGCUAGACGUGAGAUGGAUCCAUGACGGCAUCACUCGGCCUGGGUCAUACUGUACAGCGCAAGGAAUCAUUCAACAAAUCGGCGAGACCGGCGUUGCGAUGACUACUAGUGCAAUCUCGAUCCACACCUUCCUCGUCGUCUGGUUUCGGAUGGACAUGCGCGCCAGACCCGCUUCGUGGAUCGCACCAAUCGUCAUCGGCCUCAUAUGGGUCUUUGUCCUGGCCUACUCCCUCGGGGGUGCGCUCCACGCCAAGCUUUACGAGGCGCCGGACCCGUACUGGUGCUGGAUCGCAGGUAGCGGCCGGCACUACCUCCCUGACAAGCUCGUAGGGGAAUACCUCUGGAUCUGGCUCACGCUGUUCCUUCUGAUGACGCUCCAUAUCCCACUGUGGCUGCUUGUCAGGGGGUACAUCACUUUACGCGACGAGAGCCCGUGGAAGCCCCGGGUGCACCUUCGACGGAACGGCGGGAUGAAGGACGUCCACCUGGGCAUCCUCGCGUACCCCGUCACCUAUUCGAUUGUCACUCUUCCGCUCUCAGUCGUUCGCUGGAUCACGUUCCGGACGGGCAUCGAGUCCUCCGCGUUGACGUUCGCCAUUGAUCCCAUCUUCUGCCUUGGUGGCUUCGCGAACGUCCUCUUGCUGCUGCUUUUCCGCUCGGAUCUACUCCUAUUUCGUGCUGUCAAGGAGCGACGCAUAUUCGAACCUGGAUAUAUGCGCCGCUUGGCGUCGAACGGCGUGGUGGGCGGUGAGGACUGGUCGGAGGCGGAGGGGAAGCGGCAUCAAAUGAGGAACUCGUCGACGGGAGGUGCGCCGUCGAUCGCGAGCUCGGACGGUGAGAAUGUCUGUGUCGUCGACGGCGGGUCCGCUUGACUCUGGAGCAGCGACGCUGCUGUUUGACCAGGCACUGCUGUAUAAGUCCCGCAGUCCUGAUUCCUGAUCUAGUUUAGUAUCUCGUAUGGUCCGUGUUCUGCCGUGUACAAUAUAUUGUACACACAAACUACUCAUCCGCUGCCAAUGCGACAUGCUGACGCUAUGGCG